GCUGUUAAAUAUUAAUUAUUUCCCUGAUCUUUAACCAAAUUCAAAGAGUUAGAGAUUAAUAGAUUAACUAUCAAAGUGCAAAAUCAUCUGUAGUAACAUAACUGACCUGAACAUGAAACAGACUAAUAAAUCGCCUGCACAUUGCGUCAUCGAUAAUACCAUUCACCUCUUCCAUCUUGCAGAUUUCAGGUCAUUAUCGCAAAGGCAUAUGUGAAUAUAGUAGAUAUGGCUCAUGCAAGUGUGGCUUCUCUUUCAAGAACAAUAGAAUCUCUCUUGACAUUCAAUUCACCAAUGCAAUCUCUAAUCUGUGAUCACAGAGAAGAAUUUUGCGCUCUUCAUGAAAAAGUUAGUUCGCUCGAAGUAUUUCUCAAGAACUUUGAGAAAAACAAUGUUGCUGGGGAAAUGACGGAUUUUGAAGUAGAGGUUAAAGAAGUUGCAAGUGCUGUUGAAUACACAAUUCAACUGAGACUAACAGAAACUGUACUGGGAGAAAAUGAAAGCCAGAAAAAAAAGGCACGUCGAAGGUUUCGUCAUAGCCUGCAACAAGUAGCAGAGGACAUGGAUCAUAUCUGGAAAGAGUCGACAAAGAUCCAAGAUAAAGGUAAACAAGUAUCAAAGGAAUCAUUGGUUCAUGAUUUUUCAAGUUCAACAAACGAUAUUCUGAAUGUUAACAACAAUAUGGUUGGACGUGAUGAUCAAAAGGAACACUUGUUAGAAGAUCUGACUGGAAUCUACUCUGGUAAACCAAAAGUCAUCCCGAUUGUCGGGAUGGGAGGCAUAGGUAAAACAACCUUAGCGAAAGAAGUUUACAAUCAUGAAUCAGUUCUACGCCAUUUUGAUGUUCGUGCCUGGGCAACUGUAUCUCAACAGCACAACAUAAAGGAAAUUUUCCUGAGCCUUCUGCAAUCGAUGAUCAAAAUGGAUGACACGGUUAAGACGAAAGAUGAAGCAGAGCUAGCAGACAUGCUGCAGAAAAGCUUAAAGAGAAAGAGGUACCUAAUUUUUUUGGAUGAUAUCUGGAGUUGUGAAGUGUGGGAUGGCAUGAGACGAUGCUUUCCAACGGAAGACAAUGCAGGGAGUCGAAUACUGUUGACUACCCGUAACAACGAAGUAGCCUGUUAUGCUGAUACAGAGAAUCUUUCUGUGCGGAUCAGCUUCAUGGAUCAAAAUGAGAGCUGGAGUCUUUUCAAAAGUGCAGCAUUUUCAAGUGAAGCAUUGCCAUAUGAGUUCGAGACUGUUGGGAAGCAGAUCGCAGAUGAAUGUCACGGAUUACCACUAACUAUUGUCGUGGUUGCUGGACUUCUCAAAUCUAAAAGGGCAAUAGAAGAUUGGAAAAGUGUUGCGAAAGAUGUCAAGUCACUUGUCACAAUUGAUCCUGAUGAACGAUGUUCACGUGUGCUUGGGUUGAGUUACAGUCACUUGACUAGAGAUCUAAAGACUUGUCUACUGCAUUUCGGAAUUUUUCCAGAAGACAGUGAGAUACCAGUGAAUAAUUUGAUGAGAUCAUGGAUGGCUGAGGGGUUCCUAAAGUUGGAAAAUGAUUUGGACGGAGAGGCUGAGAAGUGUUUGCAAGAGCUUGUCGAUAGAUGUCUAGUUCUUGUCUGCAAGAAAAGUCUAGAUGGAAUAAAAAUUAGAUCAUGUAAGGUUCAUGAUCUAAUAUAUGACCUGUGCGUGAGAGAAAUUCAAAGGGAGAACAUUUUUAUCAUGAACGACAUUGUGAUUGGAGAAUCAGAUUCAGAAUGUGGAAAUCUCAGUACAAAAAUGAGGCCCUUUAAAUGCGUGACUGGUGAUGAAAUUGAUUAUUGUCCCUAUGGUCUUUAUAGGGCUCUUCUUACCCCUGUACAUCGUCAGUUGAGAGAUCAUGACAACAACGAUCUUUUGAAACAAACCUAUUCUAUUUUCUCUUUUGCUCUUAGUGAUUCAAAAUAUUUUCUCAAAUCAGAGCUUAUUCAUUUCAAAUUACUCAAAGUCUUGGAGCUGAGACACAGAGAGAUUUAUAAUUUCCCUCUACAGAUACUAAGCCUCAUCUGGUUGAGGUACCUAUCAUUGCAAUGUGAUGAGAAUUUAAACAUACCUCCAGAAAUAUGCAGGUUAUGGAAUCUGCAGACAUUUAUUGUUCAAGGGUGUGGUCGAUCAGUUUUAAUAACUUUUCCUGAGGAGAUUUGGGGCCUACUGCAAUUAAGGCAUCUCAAACUGCCCAAAUUUUAUCUGCCAAGUCCCCCAAGUGGAUCUGUUGACAAAGGAAGGCACUUGGAAUUUACAAACUUACAAAUUAUUUCUUACUUGUCUCCACAUUGUUGCACGAAGGAGGUUAUUAUGGGGAUUCAGAAUGUAAAAAAAUUAGGAAUCCGUGUAUAUGAGACUGACUCUAAUAGUAUUCGGGACUCUGGGCUUCUCAACAAUCUUGUCCAUCUGCAUCAACUUGAAACAUUGAGUUUUAUAUCUUACUUUCCCCAUUUUCUAGCAAGUUCAAAAGCUUUUCCAGCAACGCUCAAGAAGAUGAAGUUGGAAAGAACUUGGCUAAGUUGGUCGGACUUGGAUAUCAUAGCUGAAUUGCCGAAUCUUGAGGUGCUGAAGCUGAUGCAUGGUGCUUGUUAUGGAGAUGAAUGGUAUCCAAAUGUCCGGGGAUUUAGUCGAUUGAAGGUUUUGUCAAUUGAACAUAGUUUUCUCAUUUACUGGAAAGCCACAGAUGACAAUUUUCGUACCCUUGAACGUCUCAUGCUUAGUAAUUUAUAUUGUUUGAAAGAGAUACCCAUUAAGUUUGCAGAAAUCCACACACUACAACUGAUUGAGUUAAUAGACUGUUUUUCCGAACUUGUGGAAUCUGCUGCGCGAAUUCAACAAGAACAAGAGGAGCUCGGAAACAACAUCGUGGACGUUCGUAUCUCCGAUCCACUUAGAAGGCUUGAACUCUUGUAAGUAUCGUGGAUUCUUCGAGCAGCUUUUGGAAAAAAGAAGACAAGGAGAGGAUGAGCAACAAAAGCAUUCAAUCGUUUUUCUAUUCAAUAAUGGGAGUUUGAUUCGUUAAAUAUCUAUGUUGUAAUGUCAAUUCUAGCUUUUUAAUUCUCAUUGUGCGGUACUCUUCCUCCUUCAUGGAGUUAUUUAUGUUGUGGGAACUGGAUGAUGCUUUAGUUUAGACUUUAGUGUUGUGGUUUUCAACAAUCUUGUCCAUCUGCAGCAACUUGAAACGUUGAGUUUUAAAAAAAUAUAUAUUCUAGUUGGAGUUCAGUCAUUUAUCCA